UAAUCAUUCAAUAAAAAUAAAUGAUAAGACAAUAAAUUAAUAUAUGGUUUUAUCUUAUAACCAAUCCUUUGUGUAGCGAGCCUAAUCUUUUUUUUUUCAUUAUUUGAAAAGAAACAAAUACACAAAUGUCACUUCAACUGCACCAACACAGCUCUUCCAAAUCUUCAACUAUUCAUCACGAACAAUGCAUUAGGGACUUCAACUUACACUUAUCGUCAGGUUUUUGAGGUUGAGGACUCCUUCAAGCAUAGCCUCACCUUUCUCAAAGCUGCCGGUUCGUGUAGGAGCUACCAAAGGAAUUUCCAGUGUCUGUGAGCCCCUUCCACCUGAUAGACCACUGUGGUUUCCAGGGAGCUCGCCACCAUAGUGGCUUGAUGGGAGGUCAUAUCUCAUCUUUAACACUUGAUUCAUAUUUUUCAGUUGUAAUUACUGUAUUUAAAAAUUUCAGCCUUCCUGGAGAUUUUGGCUUCGAUCCUCUUGGAUUAGGAUCCGAUCCUGAGCUGCUCCAGUGGUUUGCGCAGGCUGAGCUAAUGCGUGGUAGAUGGGCAAUGCUCGCGGUUGCUGGCAUUUUAAUCCCGGAAUGCCUUGUGAAGCUUGGAUUCAUGGAGAGCUUCUCAUGGUUUGAUGCUGGGGUGCGGGAGUACUUUGCUGAUCCCUUGACCUUGUUUUUUGUGCAAAUGGCAUUGAUGGGUUGGGUUGAAGGGAGGAGAUGGGCCGAUUUGGUUCGUCCUGGAAGCGUUGAAAUAGAACCAAAGUUCCCAAACAGGGAGAGCCCGAAGCCAGAUGUUGGUUACCCGGGUUGAUUGUGGUUUGAUCCCAUGCAGUGGGGAAGAUUAUCACCUCAGCCUGUGAUGGUAUUGAGGACCAAAGAGAUUAAGAAUGGGAGAUUGGCCAUGCGCUUUCAGGCUAUUUAUACUGGAGACGGGCCUCUUGAUAACUUGAUGGCUCAUAUUGCUGAUCCAGGGCAUUGCAAUAUAUUCUCGGCAUUCUCAUCCCAUUGAUUUGCUGGAAGAGAAAUUACUCAUUCAAUAAAACAUUGAAGCAGCAGAAAAGAAUCCACGGAGAAAAAACGAAUCCAUUGUGAAGGACUUUGUAGCUACGAUGUAAAUUAAAGUAACAAUAUCGUUUUUUUUUUUUGGUAAGCUUGCAGGUCUGCUAAACUCUAUCUUUCAGAUCUUCCAGAAUUGUAUUAUGAACUCUUCUUAAUACAUACAAUGAACAACCUUAGUU